UCACCAUGAAGACCCUGGUGUUAAUUUAUGCAGUUCUAGCCUCAGCGUGGGCUGACCGUCCACGGUAUGGAGGUUUUGGAGGAGGAGGUUCAAGCUCUGGUUUUGGAGGAAGCUCAGGCUCUGGUUUUGGAAGUGGAGGUUCAGGGUUUGGAAUAAGUUCCGGCUCAGGAUUCGGAGGAGGAUCAGGCUUAGGCUUUGGAGGAGGCGGUUCAGGCUCAGGAUUUGGAGGCUCUGGCUUCGGAGGAGGAGGUUUCGGCUCAGGAGGAGGAGGUUUCGGCUCAGGAGGAUGCGGUCUCGGGCAAGUGUUCCAUGCCGGUAGAUGUGUCACUCCACGCGAGAACCGCAAAGUCUUCUUGUACAACGCACCACCCGCACCACCAGUUCCCCACGGUCCUCCACCGUACAUCCCUGAGCCAACCAUUGACACGAAUAUCGUGUUCAUCCAAACACCUGAAGAAGGUCCAGGACCAGACCCCAUUGUCAUACCUCCACCACAACAGCGAAGCGUCGUCUAUGUCCUCAACAGACAGAUACAAGAGCAACAGGAUGUGAUCGAAGUCCCAGCACCGCCAGCGACCAGUCCUGAGGUUUACUUCGUGAACUACGCUGACGGCGAGAACCCAGUUCUUCCCAGCGGUGUGGACCUUCAGACUGCCUUGAGUGCAGCUUCUCAAGGGGGCGGUCAAGUGGUUGGAGGUGGCGUUGGAGGUGGUUUCGGAGGCAGCGGAGGUGUUGGGGGAGGUUUCGGAGGCAGCGGAGGUGCCGGUGGCGGUUUCGGAGGCAGCGGAGGUAUUGGCGGAGGUUUCGGAGGCAGUGGAGGGGGUUUUGGAGGUGUCGGCAGUGGAGGAAGUGGAGGUUUUGGCGGUGGCAUUGGAGGAAGUGGUGGUUUUGGAGGUAGCGUAAUCAGCGGUGGAUCUGGAGGUGGCGGCAGCGGAGAAUUCAUCGUCAGUGGAGGUAGUGGAGGCUUUAGCAGUGGAGGUGGAUUUAGUGGAGGUUCUCCUUCCAGUCUGUAUACGACACCUUAAAAUUUUCUUUUUAGGGAUUAUAUAUCCUUGUUAUGUUUUGCGUUCCAUGAAAAUGUUUCACCGUUUGUACUGCAUUUGUAAUAAAAUGUCUUAAAAAUACAA